GGCAUGACCAGACCUCGGGGCUCAAUUCAGGCUGCUCAGGCAACGAAAGGUCAACAAGCAGCCAGUUAAUUCUAGAAAGCUAUCACAUUGGCUUUUGUUGUAAACCAUUUGUGGCUAUGGAUUUGCCAGCUAAGAGUGAAUGGGAUGAAACCACCUGCAAAUUGGCUAUUUGUCAGCAUCCGCAAUGUUGGGCAAGUAUCCGCCGGAUUGAGAGUGGCCACCCUCGAAUCCUGGGUGGUGUUCCUUGCAAAACUCUGGAAUCAGAAGACAAACUCCCAAUGCUCACUAUUGUGAACAUCUCAAAUCCCUGCCUCCAGGCCAAGAGACGUACUCGUCAUCGUCAUCAUUUAUCAGGAUUUACCUUCUCUAAGGCUCGAGGUUCAAAGUUUCACUCUAAAUUUCAAGGCAGGCCUCAGAAGGAUUUACCUGACAAAAGUUUAAUCAGUCGUACUGACAGAUCUCUCAAACUUCCAGUGCUAAAUUUGAAUAGGACAAAAAUUCCCUGUCCUCAGGAUGUUAGAAAUAUGGUUGUAAUCUGGAUUCCAGAAGAAUCAGACAAUCAGAUGAUUCCAACUGAGAGGAAGCCUAUUGUUCCUAAACAGUCGGGGGAGAAGGAAAGGAAGAAGGCUGCAGUGAGCAGCAAGUCACCUCUGUCCCGAAAGCAACACUCAGAAAAAGACUGGAGAACUCCAAGGAUGAUGGUGCCUCCCCCCUCCCCAGUACAUUUGUUUGAGCAACUCACUUCACAUUCCUCACCUCUUUGGAACCAAUUUGACAUGUUACCUCAGGAUCUAUUGAAGGACCUCUUGUCAGAUAAAGGGAAAACCGUUUCUUGUCCAGAGCUGAAGGCACAAUUGGCCAUGGUGAAAAAGACUCUUCCCCUGGAAAAGAGCCGGCCUGACAGUGCAAUUUCUGCUAGGAUGUUUUUAUCUAUACAGCGCCUCACCCUGCAAAAGCCAUUGUUGAGACACUCUGGACAUUUGAAGAAAUUAUCUUCUAACCUGAAGACAGAAGAUCAUUGGAAGCAGCAGGAGCAACAGCAGCAGGAGCAACAGCAGCAGCAGCAGGAGCAACAGCAGCAGCAGCAGGAGCAACAGCAGCAGCAGCAGCAGCAGCAGCAGCAGCAGCAGCAGCAGCAGGAGCAACAGCAGCAGCAGCAGCAGCAGCAGCAGCAGCAGCAGCAGCAGAAGCAUCAACAGAUGAAGGCAAAGAUACCUACUAAGAAAAAGGAGGCUAAAAAGAAAUCCAAGAGUGAUCCAGGGAGCCAGAAGGCUUUGCAUAAACAUUCAGGUCAUGGAACUCUACAAGAUUGGGAAAGUAAUGAAAAGCAGCAGAAGCAGAAGAUCAGAGGGCCCAUCUUAAAACUGGGUUCCACAGAGAGACUGCAGAGGAACUACACUGAGACCUGCCUAGACUCUGUCCCCAGUAAGGAGAAUCCUGAAUUACCCAGAAUAGAACCCAUGAACAGGGGCAUCAGCACUCAGAUGGAGUUUGUGCUGGAAGGCCAAAAGAAGACCCCAGUGGACUUUUCAUCUUAUGUGAAGACAACAACCUGGAACCCUGAGCUCAAGCUGCUGAGGAUUCUUCAGGCCACUGAUCAGGAAGAGGAGAACCAAACCUCAGAGGAAGAGAGUGAAGGGACUUUGGGGACGCAGUCAGAAGGUGUCAUGGAGGGGCAGGCAGAAGGUGUCACAGAGGGGCAGGCGGAAGGCGUCACGGAGGGGCAGGCAGAAGGCGUCAUGGAGGGGCAGGAAGAGGCCUUAAGGGAGGACAGGCAGAGGGCCUCAGGGAAGAACAGGCAGAGGUCCUCAGGGAAGAGCAGGAAGAAGGCCUCAUAGAGGGGCAGGCAGAGGGCUCAUGGCGGGCCCGGCAGAGGACCCCAGGAAAGAGCCUUAUUUUGGAGCAGAAUGCCUGGAACGUUCAGUAUAGUGAACUUGAACUAAAGGCAGAAAAGGAGAAGGGACUAAUACUCCCUGGAGUCUAUACCAGGAGCUGAGCUUUGGAAUUCUGUUUGUUUCAUUCACUUCUACUUGCCUCUAAAAUAAACGAGGGAGGAAAGCCCUGCCCAUUUUAACCUUAGAUAGUUUCUCUUCUGUUAGGGCCAGGAUAAUUUUAAUGAUUAAACAUUGUUGCUGCUAAAUCAAAAGACUCAUUCUUUGUUUCCG